AUGACCGACUCCCGCGAGCGCGCAAACCUCCGUGUUCCUCGUGCCCGGCCCGGCGUCACCAGAAGCCCCUCCACACGCUCCUCGGCCGCCUUUGAAGACUUUCGCCCUCCUCCAGGCGGCCCCGCUGGUUCUCAGGCCCUCCGCGGGAAUUCCUCCAGGAUCUCUCUCAAUUCUCUCAAUGAACAGUUUGCCUCUACGCGCCAAGAAUAUGAGCUGUGGGACGACGAUGGGAGCUCGGUUUAUGAACGCUUGACCAACGCCUCUGAAGCGGGGGACCCCGAGACCGGCGAAAAGAUCCUCAUGAGUUCGGCCGAUGGAUUCGGGCUGCUAUACCAUGCCGACGAAGCCCCGUCUGGCCCAGGACUGUCUUGGGACUACUACGAUAUUCUCUGUCUUCCUCGAGACGGCAAAGAGUUGUCACAAGAGCAGAUUCGAAGUGCAUACUACCGCCUCUUCCUCCUCUUUUAUCCUGACAGCUAUCCUGAACAUCUCCGACCAAUUGCUCGCCAGCAAUUCCUCCGCGCCCAGGAAGCAUUCGAAACACUCAUUGAUCCCAUCCGCCGAGCGCAGUAUGACCUGGACCAUUUCCUACAUGUCGAGGACGCUCGGAGGGCAUCAUCAGAGUACGAAACAGCUUUUAAGGAAGCUGUCCGGAACCGCGUACAGAAUGGCAUCCAGACGAGCUCCGAUUUGGGUAUCCGGCUGGACGCAUCGAGGUCCUCCAUAGACCACUCGGGUCCUCGGCUGCUGGACUUUGCUCUAAGCCAUUCCGUGACGGUUGACGUUCCCUCUCUACGCAAGCUAGUACAGCCUCAAGUCUCCCGGUUAGAGCGCUUAGCAUCGAGCAAACAGCAUGCAGUGGUUGAUGGGCCUUUUCAACCUACAGUCGAGGUGGCCACGCCGACUUUGACUGUAUCUGGAUCUACAUACGGUAUUGCAGGAGAUACGUCUAUGCUACCAACGACACUGUUGUAUGAUCGAUAUCAACCGCUUUUGCCCUUGACAAUUCCCAGGAACCGCCUCAUCCAACUCGUCGAGAACCGACUUUCGCCAUUGGUAACUCUUCGAUACAGACAAGAGUUCCUGAACCGCUCGCCUAUAUCAUCACCAGAGAAGUUUAGAUGGGUCAAGACCGCGAUCGAGCUCGAGUCUGAUAUUCUACCAGAGUUGUCGGCCACUAGCCGCCUCUACCACCAAUUCACACUCCCCAAUGUCUCAGAGCCAACCACCCUCGAGUAUAGCAUACAGUCCUCCCGACAUGAGCCUCCUACUCAACCAAGAAUUACCCUCGGACUUCACCAGAAGCUGUACCAUGGCACGGGAUUCCUGCGUGCGGAUAGUGGCGACUGGGUGUUCGGCUCUGGUCACUCUGGUUGGUUCUCCGACUUUUCAAGGAUGAACCCCAACAUGUUCAGCGCCGAGUCUCCUCUGAAGACGUCCCCUACUUUGGAAUUGGGCUUCCGAACGGGGUCAUCGGAGAGAGUUCCAGUGCCAGGCUCCUCAGACUCGCCUGGCAGCGAGAGUGGCAUUAGGGGUCUUGACCACGAACUCAACUCUUCCUGUAACCACGGCACUUGGGCCAUCUCUGCCUCGGCGACACCUACUUCGGCUGCAGGCCUCCUACGAUAUAGCAAAGACCUCGACCUCCCUUUUCAAACUCCCUCGACAUCUCUGGACCCUGGAACGCCCUCGUCCGCUCGCGUGGAAGUCGAGCUCUGCUCCAACACUUUCCAGGACCGGUAUCUCGCCCUCCGCAACCUCUGGUCUGUCGGCCGUUUUGCCCGCAUCGGCCUAGAGCUUGGUAUCAGCCUUCACAACCUCCACCUCUCAGUCUACUGGUCCCGACUUGGCCAGCGCCUCAGCGUGCCCCUUCUUAUCGCCCCGCGUGACCUUAUCGGACCAAGCAUCAUCUUCUGGGCUGGCGCACUACCUUUUGUUGGUCUUGCUGCGCUUGAACUUGGCCUUGACCAUCGCCGCCGUCGUAGACGUUCUUCGCGUUCCCGUCGACGCGCGGCGAGAGCAGAGGCUGCCACUGGUAAACCCAACAUGGUUACCGCCCGACAUCGCUACGAAGCCGACAACGUCGCUGUGCUCCUCGCCCAAGCCGUCGAGGGCCGACAGAAGCGCCAGAUGACCCUCGGCGGGCUCGUCAUCGUCAGUGCCAAGUACGGUGUCCCCAGCGAAGACGGUACGCUCUCGACAGGCGAGCAGGUGGCCGACGUCACCAUCGGACUGGCUGCCCUCGUCGACGACUCACCUGACGCCCGUGGUCCAGCUCUGUCCAUCCCCCGAGGGGUGCGCAAGAGCCGACUUCCGGGAUUCUGGGACCCUGCCCCGGGUCGUGACAAGGUUCUCCGAGUUGAGUAUUCGUUCCGAGGAGUUGCAGACGUGGUCGAGGUUGGCGGCCGUGAGGAGCUGAUACUCCCACCUCAGGCGUAA